AGAAUGUCGAAAUUCAACCCCUACGACCACCUGAAGAUCUUCCUCAACCCCGACGGCACGCUCACUCGCCACCUCAAAAUCCCGGUAGUGGAGGCAAAGCCUAACGCCGCUCCCGACGACGUCGUGGUCUCCAAGGACGUCACUCUCAACGAGGAAAACAAAACAUGGGUCCGUAUCUUUCUGCCAACAAAACUGCCGGCUUCCAACGCUCGGCUUCCAAUAAUCAUCUACUUCCACCACGGCGGGUGGGUUCUCUUCAGCGCCGCAGACCCCGUCAUACACGCAGAUUGCGCAAGAUUGGCAAGCAAAAUUCCCGCCGUUGUCGUCUCCUUGAAUUACCGGCUAGCACCGGAGAACCGGAUCCCGGCGCAGUACUACGACGCCAUGGAAGCCAUCAACUGGGUGAAUCGACAGAGGACGAACCCCAAAUGCGAUCUCUGGAUAAGAGAUUACGGAGACUUCUCGAGGUGUUAUCUUUACGGAAGUGGAAAUGGCGCAAACAUGGUGUUCUUCGUUUCUUUGAAGGCUUAUGAGCAUCAACUGGGGCUCGCCGGGAUAAUACUGAACCAACCCAUGUUCGGCGGUGAACGGAGAACAAAAUCCGAGAUUGAAUUUGCUACGGACGAGCUUUAUCCUUUGCCUGUGUUCGACCUUAUGUGGCACCUCGCUUUGCCAAAAGGAGUCAAUCGGGACCAUCGAUAUUGUAAUCCGAUUAUGGAGGGCCCGCACAGGAGUCUCAUCAGUGGGCUGGGAAGGUGUCUGGUGAUCGGCUUCGGUAAGGACCCGUUGAUCGAUCGGCAGCAGGAUUUUGUGACCUUGUUGGCCCACAGUGGGGUCCACGUCGAGGCGUAUUUUGAUGAAGUUGGGUUCCACAAUAUUCAUUUAGUGGACCCGCGGCGGGCUGAAGUAGUUGUAAAUUUGAUGAGAGAAUUUAUGAUUUGA